GUGAAUGGAAGAGAGAGAGAGAAGGGGGAAAGGGUUAGUGUUUGUUUGUUGCAAACGCUGCCAACGAUUGGGGUCUCAGAAAUCUCACCGUCCAUUCUCAAGUUUUGAGCUUUGGCUGGUUCCCCAAACUCUUUCCACCGAAAUCAUAGCUACACCCAUCGUCCUCCAACAAUUUCUUUCUCUUACAUAUCAUAUCCCUCUUUCCCUUUUUCUCUCUACUCUGCAUGUUUUCCCUUAAACGUUCUUUAGUUACAUCACACCCUCCUUUGUUUCCAUCAUUUUCAUUCACUUACCCUUUUUUCGUACAUUCCCUUCAGUAUCUCAACAAGGAUGGGAAGAGUUAAAUUGAAGAUAAAGAAAUUAGAGAGCAUAAGCAACCGACAUGUGACUUAUUCCAAGCGAAAAAGUGGAAUUUUAAAGAAAGCAAAGGAAUUAUCAAUACUAUGUGAUAUAGAUAUUGUCCUUCUAAUGUUUUCUCCCACGGGAAAGGCUACAUUAUUACAAGGAGAACGCAGCAAUAUUGAGGAGAUCAUUGCAAAAUUUUCUCAACAUAGCCCACAAGAAAGGGCAAAAAGGAAAAUGGAAAGCCUUGAAGCACUAAAGAAAACCUUCAAGAAGUUGGAUCAUGAUGUAAAAUUACAAGAUUUCUUAGGUUCAAGCAGUCAAACAGUGGAGGAAUUAACUUAUCAACUGAGAAUUUUACAAGCUCAGCUCACAGAAGUACAUCAGAGACUGAGCUAUUGGAAUAAUUUGGAGAAGAUCAACAGCAUAGAACAUCUUAAGCAAAUGGAAGACUCACUUAGGGAAUCAAUCAAUCGAGUGUGCCUACAGAAGGAAAAUUUAGGAAAGCACCAACUAAUUUCACUGGAAUGUGCUAACCAGUUGCAGGAAGGGAUGACCUUGCCCUUGAUGAUGGCUGGCCUACAAGAAUCACAACCCCUAUCUUGGCUCUUGAAUAGUGAUAAUCGUCAGUUGAUGUUACCUAGUGAACCAAAAUAUCUACCAUUUAGUGAUAAUACCAAUAGAGAUGUUGAGUGCUCCACUGACAUUUCACUCCCAGGCUAUUCUGGUUAUAUUGGGAGUAACAAACUUGAAGUUGGUAGCUCUCCCCAAGUCACUUCUUUGGGUCAAGGAGGUGCUGCCUUGAAUGAGUUAAAUGGAACUGCUUACUUAAAUGUACAACAUUGUGAUCAGUUUGCAUAUCCUCCUCCACCAGAUAUCGAGGAAGUGAAACAUCAACCAACAACAAUGAACAGUAAACCAAACACUGUGGAAUACCAAGUUAAUAGCAACUUCGAUCUGCCUAGAUCACUGUUUGAAAAUGGACAUCAGUUCUGGAAUUCUGCUUCUGGGUCGUGUGGGAUUGCCAUGUAUAAUGAGAAUGGCUACCAUAGGGUAAGCGGUCUUUUUAUGUUUCAUAAGAUCAUACUUUAUAGUCCAGGAUAGAUUUUGAAUUUGCCAAAAUUGCUCAAAGGGGGGGUUGGGAGCACUUGAGCAAGAGAUAUUCACAAUGUUCUAAUUCUUAUUGUUUGGCUUUUAGUCUCUAGUUUUCUAGUAAACAAGUUGGCUUUGGUUUCUUUCUAAUUUUCUUUAUUUUGCAGUAAUUGAUUGGAUCAACUAGCCAUGCUAGCCUCUUUCAAGUGAGAAGGAUGUUAAAUGAAAAGAUGACCAAUGCUCGCAAAUUUCUCCUUAAAAACCAGAUUAGAUUGGCUCUUCACCUAUGAGGUCAACGGCGCUCAUAAGAGUGGGAUAUGUUAGUUGUAUAUAUUGUAUGACUUGUAGGAUGCAGUUUGUUCACAUAUAAGCAUUUGCGUUGACUGGCUUGUGUACUGUUAGAUUUUUGGAAUUGAUUCAGUG